GUAUAGUGGAAAAUAGACACAAUUUUCUCUUGACAUUCAAGCAAUUUAUUUAUGGGUCAUUACUUACAUACACACCGUACGUAUAGCAUUCCUCGUAGUAAACUAAACAAAAUAAAUAGAUGGAACUAUUAAGGAAAUCAAAUAUAAAUUAAAGGUGAAUGAAUAGUUAAAAAAAAGAGGUACCUACAUGUCAAGCAUACGAAUAUUUAAACGAAAUUUCGUUCGACCUAUCUACCUUACAACCAAACAAUUGUGAUUUAGUACAUCGCCAUUAUCGGUUCGGGUUGGUGGUUCUCAAUUCGGCUCAUUAAUCAAAAAAUCAAAAUUUUAUUACCGACAACACACUGAACGAAACAGAAAUCAUAAAAAUCAAUUUUAAAUGUGCCAAUUAAGUGAUUUUGCUUAGUAAAUAAUUUUCGUUCAUUAAAUUUUAAACGGCUCAAAGUCUCUCGAUCGACUUACCUUUUAAUUUAUUUCGAAAAUUCCCUCGACUUUUUCUAAAAAUCGCAUUUUAAUCCGAAUUUUAACCGGUGUUGUAAUAAGUUAAAAGAAAGAAGAGAAAAAAAAACAUUUGCCAAACAUGGAAAGAAUUUCAAAUGAAAGUUCCAGUUUCAUACGAUACGGAGAUCAAAGGGCUAUCAAUUGGCCGCUGAUGGAAACACCUUUACUCCUAAUGUGUAUUGUUGCCGUUUACUUAACGAUUAUUUAUCGAUGGGGUCCAGCUUUUAUGGAAAAACGAAAACCGUACGACCUGAAAUGGGUAAUGGCAAUUUACAAUCUACUGCAAGUGGUCGCUUGUUGUUAUUUGAUACAUGGAAUUAUAAGCACAGACGAUUCGCAGCCAUUAGAAUUUUGGAAAUGCAAAAGUGUGGACUUUCGACCCGAUCCGAAACCAAUAAGAAUCUUACAACUGACCUAUCAUACGUUCCUACUGAAAGUGGUCGAGCUGAUAGAGACGGUUUUCUUUGUGUUGCGUAAAAAGCAGAAUCAAGUCUCCAAGCUGCAUGUUUACCAUCACGUCAGCACCGUUUCACUGUCAUGGAUCAUGGUCAAGUACAACGGAGGAGGCAUGAUCUUGUUCUCGAUUAUCCUCAACUCAUUCGUCCACGUUAUUAUGUACAGUUAUUAUUUCGCUGCAUUGUUCGGACCGGCUGUCCAAAAGAAGCUACAAACAAUCAAGAAGAAUAUCACUGUCAUCCAAAUGAUUCAGUUUUGCUUCAUUCUGUCGCAGUGUUUAUUGGGAUUGGCGCAAAAUUGUGACGUACCGAAAGUUUUGGUCGCUAUCUAUGUACCUAAUGUGGCGCUGAUAUUUUACAUGUUUUACGAUUUCUUCCGGACAGCGUACACAACAAAAUCUGACAAAUUAAAGGGAAAUUAAGACAAUUUUGGUUGAAGAAAUGCAAUUUUGUGGAAAUAAAAUGUGAUUCGCGAGUAGAACAAA